AUAUAGCUGGUCAGAGGGGCCAGCCUGUCCCUGUUGGGGAAGGGCAUCCAGACAUGGACAGGGCAGCAGAGGGGGCCCAGGGUAAGGGCGGGAGCUGGAGGUGUCCAUGAGUCCAAGUUAUGAAGCACUAGAUGCUCAGGGACUCCCACUGGCCCAGAGGGGGCACCCGGUACCUGUGUCCACUGACCUCCUCCCUCUGUCCACCAGGGCCUGGGAGCAGAGAUUCCCUAAGCCACGCCUCUCCCAACUGUUCCCAGGGUGGGCUGCCCCCUGAUACACCCAGACAGCCUCCCUCAUCCCAGGACCUCAUGCCCAGGGACACAAAAGGCACAUGUGGUUUGUUGGAACAAACAUCGUUGACCGAUGCCCUCCAGCGGCUUCUCCCAAACUCCCCAGCCUUGCAGGCCCCCAAUCCUCAGUCCCACGCCAACCUGCGCUGAAAGGCCCCUUCAAAUCAGACCCCUGCACUGGCACCCCAACAGCCCCUGGCCCUCCACAGCAGCUCCAUGUCACCAACAGCUUGGCUGGGGCUGCUUUGGGGACCCAUGGUCAGCAGCAGCAAUAUCCAUGUGGGUGCGCAGGCCUCGGCUUCCCAAGACCACCGCCCACAGGUAGGGGACACUCCAAGAUGCGGCCCAGAAGACCUCUGGAUCAGCCACGUCCGCUGCACCCAACCCUGCCACCUCUCAGACCCGAGGGUGGCGGCUCCCUCCCCCCUCCCCUCUGCUGGCCUCCACCAGGGCGGAUGGCCCUCCGCCCCACUUCCUGCUGUUGGCAUCAGCACCAGGCCACGGCGGUCACUCCCAGGUCUGCUGGCUGUGCCGGUGUCUCUGUUACCUUGAGUCUCGCUCCACCCAGAUUUGGGCAGAAAGAUGGCCCCAGAGCUGUCCACCUCCUGAUCCCCAGGACUUGGGACUUGGCAGACAUGACCAGGAAGGGCCUGAGAUGGGACAGCAGCCUGGGUUACCAGGACAGCCCAGGGCCACUACGAGAGUCCCUGGCUGGGAGGCCGGGGUCACAGAGGUGUGACAGGGCAGCAGAGUCACCAUGCUCAGAGGGGCCCUGACAUGGGGACCCUAACACCAAGAAGACAAGAGUAGCUUCUCCCUGAGCCUCAGGAGCCAGCCCUCCAAAGCCUCCAUUUUAACCAACAAAAUUAGGACUUAAAACCAGUACCACUUAAACCCUCCACAGCCACGGGACCAAGACUCGCCCACCACCCAGGGCCCAGCAGAGCCCUCACGGGACCCCUGCAGCCCCCACUGUGAGCCUGGCUGAGUCUGACCCUGCGGCCUGGUGUGGCCCUGCCUGCGAGCUCCGCCCUUCCAGGUAGGGCCCUACUUCACCUGUGUGGCCCUGCCCUGCCCUGCUGAGUAGCCCAGAGUCCAGGGUGGCUGAGGUCAGCAGGCCACCUGGCCCAGGCUCUGUGUGAUCCCACUGCAGGCCAGCUACCGGGUCAUCUGUGUGACCCCCAGUCUCCACCAGGGGGCACUCUCUGGCCACUUCACACGCGCACGAGGUCCAGCAAGGCCAGGGCCUCCCAGGAGCACGGCAGGUAAGGAGGGCCUGGGGACCAGGUGCUUGAGGGGGCACAGAUUGGGGACCCAAGUUUGAGGGCUGCAGACCCCCAGUCCUGGCACACAGCCCUUACCAGGAGGGGCUGCUGGGUUUGCUCAGCCCUGCUCAGCGGGGGCCACCACCUGGCUCUGCCUGCCCUGCCAGGGGAUCCCAGGCCUCCCUGGCCUGUCACAUCUGCUCCAGGACAAACCCUCCAAGGCUGUCACCAACAGACCCUGAGCCUGUUCCCAGACACUGCCCUCCACGCAGAGACGAAGGCCAGAAAGCCCGCAGGGCCCAGCAGAGGCCGCCUCCUGGGGCUCUGGGGAGCCGCAGCAGCUCCCGGGCCUCGGGCGUCCUGGAUGCACCACUUGGCCACGCCCAGGGCCCUGACCACACUCAUCACACCCAGCUCUGGAAGGGGCUGUCAGGGUCAGGGGUCAGGGGCUUUCUAACAAGGAGACCUCUCCACCACCAAGCAAGCCCCGUGGGCCCUGGGGGGCUGGGGUCCUGCCCUGCUCUGCACCUUCUGGGGUCUUCUCAGAAGAUAGGUGCUGGAGGCCCACAGCGGCCCCACACUGGGUCUCUGCCCCCUGCUGCCCUCUGCAGGACAGACUGGGACAGCAUCCACAGGCAGGGAUCUGUCUGCCUAGGGCCCAAACCUUGAGCCCCAAGAAGGACAAUGGACUGUGAGUGUAGUGACCUGGGCCCCAAGGCCCCAAGGCACAGGCCCCGCUUCCACGGAAGGAUGAGCCAGACACACUUGCUUAUAACUGGCCUGAGGUUAUAACUGGUGGCUGAGGUCAGCAGGCGCCUGGCCCAAGCUCUGUGUGAUCCCACUGUAGGCCCAACUACCCGGUCAUCUGUGUGACCCCCAGUCUCCACAGGUUGUACGUCCCCCAGCCAUCGGCCAUCUGAGCAUGUCUUCCCACCUGGCCCCGGUAACACUGACCUCCUGCCUUGGGUGGAGGUCAGACAGAGGAACUGUCCCCAGCACGGGACAGCAGACGGGGGCAGCAGGUGCUCUGAGCCCUCUGCCAGGCAGAGCCCCUGAGGCAUGACGGGACACAGUGGUGGACCUGCUGCCCUAGACACAGUGCUCAUCCUCUGGGCUGAGGCCGAGGCUCCACCCUGCAGCACCGGAGCCCCAAGGCCUGGCAGCCAGCUCGCUGGAGACUCAGAGGGUGGACACAGCCACUUGCCAGCUCCUGCGCCGGGGCCUCUUUCUGCACCCCCAGUCCCAGGAGCCAGGGACACGGAACACUGCUGGCUCUCGAGGACAAGGGCACUCACAGCCCGCUCCAUCCUGGCCCCAGACCCCUCCCCCCUGGGAAGGCCCUGCCGAUGUCGUAGUGUGACCAGUCCUGAGACCGAAGCCCAGAGUGGGUUGGGGAGUGCCCUGGCCGAGGCCGAGGUGGACCCACUGCUGGAGCCCUCAGCCCCUCUGGACACACCACUUGGCCACGCCCAGGGCCCUGACCACACCCAUCACACCCAGCUCUGGAAGGGGCUGUCAGGGUCAGGGGUCAGGGGUCUUUCUAACAAGGAGACCUCUCUAGGAAGCCCUGGCCGCAGUGGCCUGCCCACCUCCCAGGCCGAAUCUCAGGAACCCACAGGGCCAACAGGCCUCGCCUGCCUGCUCAGCCAGGGUCCUGCUCCAUGUGACUGUCCCCAGGACCCACACAGCUGCUCUGGGAGCUGGAAGGUUCUCCGCAUGGGGUCCAUGUCCACUCCCCCAGGCCCCUGCUGCUGGCCAGCUGUGCACGUCCUCAGCCCCUCCUCAGCACCCAGAAAUAGCUCCUCACACCCUGGGAGCCCUCCCUCCCCACUGACCCAGCAAGAGGGUGGACAACACAACCAAGGGACAGUGCCUGUGGGUAGACAGGCUCAAGGAGGGCUGGUGACCUGGGGAAGCCCCAGGCCUCCCUGGGAGCAGGGGCGUGUCCCCGGGCCACCCCAGGCCGUCUCUGCUAACACUUCCUGAUCGUGGAAGCUUCUGUUUGUUUGGUAAGAGUGACACAGUCCUCUGUGGGGACCUGCAGAGACCCGUGCCUCCCGAGAGGGCCCCAGAGUCAGCUGUGUUUGCGCCCACUGCAAACGACGCCGUGGACAGAGCCCUGGGGGGGCUGGAAGGCUUGGGAAGGAGGGAGCAGAGGACGCUGGCCUUUCCAGGCCACCUCAGCAAAGGCCACGAGGACCCGGCGUGCUGUGCUGGGCACACACCGUCCUGCCGCACCUCCACCGAGUAGCCACCUCCACCAGUGGCUCUGGGGUGUCCCUGUCGAGUUUCAGCAUCUUAAAAUGGGUCAACACUGUCUCUGUCUUUGGACUCUGUGGUGCUGGGGACAGAAGCAGGGCCUGGCUCUGCCGCUGACCUCACCCAGCCCCCCGGGGGCUCCACCACUGAGUCAUGCCCUGGCCCUGUCGACUGAUAUUUUGAGACAGGGUCUCACUAGCCUUGAACUCGGACUCCUCCUGCCUCAGCUGUGGGAGGACCUGGGAUCGUGCACCACUGUGCCCAGCUCAACCGAGGAUUUUAAGCUAAAAAAUGCUGGAAGGAUUCACAAGAGAAAAGAUUGAAGGGUUUGGCCACGUCGGAACUAGUGACGGGCCUGAGUGCGUGGCCCCACCACGGUGGCAGCUACUCCUCGGGAGGCUGAGGCAGCGGAACACAGCUGGGGGCCAUCGACAGCUGGGGGCCUGUCUCGAAAGGUUACGUGCAUGAGCAGAAAGGGCUGAGGGCCGCCCAGCGGGAGGGCGCCUGCCCACCCGGCCUCAGGUCUAGCAGCCAGUACCGCAGUCAAAUAAUGAGUCUGAGGGGUCACAGCCCCGAGUUGGGGGCUGGGUUGUGGCUCAGAGUGGCUCAGGGUGGCAGGUGUGAGCCCCGGGUUCCAUCCCCAGAUCCCCAGAGAACUAAAAUACACAAAAUAAAGGUUUUGUGUCCCUCGACUAAACACACGUAUACAUACUUAAAAAGCCCCCAAGUUAAAGGCACCCAGCACAGCCGCCAAAAUGACUUCAGGUAAGCGUGUCCAAGAGCUGAGGCCACCUCACACCCAGCACAACCAGCAAGGCGCCACUCGGCACCCCAGGACCCCGCGCACCGAGGGCAAGCUCGUCACCAGUGAGGACAUGCAAGUCCUCAACCCCAAGGAGGUGCCCAGUCCCUUCAUGAUCAGAGACGUCAGACAUGCCAAACCAGGCCAGUGACCAGCAGUCGCGCCCACGGGAGGAGCCAGGGCAGAAAUGAGUGAGAGGCACAGGAGCGAGCCACCCCGGCCACCCCGGCCACCGGGCCCACGGGGAUGGCCGUGGCUCUUUCUGAAGGAAAGAGGACGAGGCUCGGGGGGGGGAUGAUGGGCACCAGGCCUCUGCACGGCGGAGACACCCAGGACAGCCGAGCAUGGGCUCCGUGCAGCGCCUGAGGCCGUGCCACGCAGGCUGUCCACAGAGGCCACGGAGGCCAGGGGCUGGGGUUGGAGAAGGAUGGGGCCCCCGGUGACAGGAACUUUCUGGAACCACAGGUGGUGGCUAUGCCCCUGCAAACACCCCAGUGCCGCUGACUUGCCCACGAGGGAGGGUGGAGUCUGUGGCCUCACCUUAGCACGUCCCCAUGGUGAACGGUGACACCCAGUGCCCACGCCAUCCACAGGAAGCUGUGGCCAGCCCAGACCAUCCCAACUGGCCCCACGCGUGUGGCAGGGCCACAGGCCCUGGGCACCUCCCCGGCCGGCCAGUCAUUGGCCCCCGGGAGCUCCGGCUCUCCCCCACACCAGGUCUCCUCCGGCCCUGGUGUCCUUAGCUCCUACCCAGAGGACACCCAAACCCUCCUGGAACAGGGGCCACAGUCACAACAGACUUCUGUCCUGGAGACCCCUCCCUGGGCCCCACCUUGGCCAGACCCCACUGCAGCUCACCCCAGGGUCAGUCAGGCACUGUGGGUCCCUGAGAACAGCGUGGCCAUCCUGGACACUCAGCCCCUUCCACCACCACCUGAGGUGAGCCACGGUGGCCACCAGUGGCUGGACAGGUCCGGAUGGGGCGUCGGGACCUCCCGGUGCCAGGCCCACACCCGCCUGGUGAUGCAAAUGGGAUCUCGCUCAGGAAGGAACUGGCGCAACCCGGGUGCUGAGCUGAGGCGGCCACAGGCACCCGAGGGGCGGGCUGCACUCCCAGGUCAGGGGCAGUGCCCCGGGGAGCCUGGGGUCUCCAGGAUGCCACAGAUGCCCCCUUCCAGCUCCCACAGAGUAAGUAGCAGGGUUCUGGGGUUCCCACAGCAGGCCAGGGGAGAAGGUCAGUGCCCUGUCCCCCCUGGGCCAUUGGAGGGCAGGCAGAGCUGUGGGGCAGCGGCUUGGUUUCUGAGAAAGUGCACCAAGGCCCAGACCCGAGGCUCCUUCCAGAAUGAACAGAACUCCCCAGAAAGGGGACAGUCCUGUUCCCAGGUGGAGACAGGGAAGAGGGCUGGCACGCGUGUGGCAGGGCCACAGGUCCCGGGCACCUCCCCGGCCGGCCAGUCAUCUAGGCCCUCUUCCCGAAGCUCCCAGGACCAAGGUUAUGUCCAGCCUUGGUGGACACCUCCACACCAAGAGCUUCCAGACGGCCCGGAGCCCCAGGAGCCCACCACUAGAAGCUGGGCGCUGGGCAGGCGGCCACCAGAUUCCAUGGAGCCUCCAGCAGGUGAGAGGCAGCCCGAGGGGCACCGAGGGAGGAGACAGCACCCUGAAGGCCCCAAAGGCCCAGGACUCGGCCCUGCCCGCCCGACCUUCCCAAUCCCCUCAGCCCCAGAGCCUGGACAGCCUCCCCUGGGCAGGACACGGAGUCAGUAGACGUUCAGCCAAGAGAUGUGUGACCUACAGUGACAAACUCAGGGUCCUGCAGGUGCCAUCCUGCUAAGGGCCACCAGGACUUAGUUGCCUGGCCAGGGGUUUGAGGCUCCCGUGAUGUCCAGACAACUGGGUGCUGUGCCCACUGCCCUGCCAGCAGGGGAGACCCACUGAGGUGGACGUAGCCAGGGCAGGCCAUGGGCCUGAGUAGCUGCGGGCUCAGCCUGUGGGCAGGUGGACAGCAGAAAUGGAGGUGGCCCACUCCCAGACCCCAGGUCCAGCUCCAGGAGGGCCCCACGGUUGACCAGAUUGGUGUCAGCUCCUCCAUCGUCACCCUGGGCCAGGGGCAAGAAUGUCACCUACACCAAACGCCAGUGAGGAGCCGAGGAAGGGGGGCCCAGGCCAAAGAGGAGCUGGGCACACGCUUUCCACAGCCAGCCCCACAUACACCCACGCACACGCAUCCCCACAUCCCGACACACCUGUGCCCUCCCACGAACACACAGCUGCACACACCCACGCACACACACCCACCCCGACAGACACGGUGUGCACACAGGCAUGAACGUGUCCACCUGUGUGCGCCUGCACGCACCUGGCACACAGGAUCUGCACGCUCACACACGCCCACCCCGCAGCACACACGGCAGUUCUCAGGGCAGUCUGUCCUGGGCCCACAGGGUCCCGCAUCUCCCGGGACCCGAAGGCUGCUGCCCGGCCCUGGACAGGCCACCCUGCGUUGGCGGCUGGAGAGGCCUAGGGACAGCAGGAAGCUCUGCCAGAGCGGCCAGAGCGACAGCCCUGUGCUGACCACACCAAGUCCUGCCUGGUGUCCUCCCUCCAACGCCCCACCAUGCUCCCUGACCCCCCAGGCCCUCUGAGGCCCGUCCAAGGGUGGGGUGGUGCCGGACAGGAAGCCCCAGGGCAGCCAGCUCACUGGGGAGGCAAGGUCAGGGCCACCCAGAGUCCCCCGCUCCCUCCCUGAAGUGCCCUGCUGCACACGCCAUCGUCCUCUCUGCACAAGUGUCAUCUCACCGCGGCCCCCGCCUCGGCCUGCCGACACACAUCCCUCGGCCCAGACUCUGGCCACCUCGGGCCCCCAGCCCUGACACAGCACCUGGGCAGAAGCCGAGGGCUGCGGAGGAAGCCACAGGUCCUGGCCAGACCCCCGAGUACCGGGACGCACGCCGGUGAAGUUGUUUUUAGCCACAACCGGUAGGACUGCGUGUCAGGAAGAAAAGCAAGACCCAGAGGGACGUCCUGGGUCCAGAGCAGCUGGACGAGGUGCCGUCCUCGCUGGGACCCCACGGGACGGAGAGCAAGACCGGAGGCCCCGGGGGCUUAGAAGCAGGGACCAGGCCAGGCCAGGCCUGCAUGUCCACACAGAGUCCCAGCACGAUCACCCUCCAGCCAGUCACCCCAGAGGCAGGAACUGUGCUCAGGAAUGACAGCCUUGGGCCAGAGAGACUCCGGCAGCUCUGGGCGAGCAAGGCCUGGGGCCGUGGUGAGCCCAGGAGGGGUGGGCGGCUCCCCUGGCAUGAGUGGCCCACAGCGUCCUGUCUGGCCGGAGCAGAGGCUGCCAGACGUCAGUGCUGUGCACAGAGCAAGCAGGAAGCCUCCGACAGUCUGGGAAGAGGACUCCGCCUGGCCAGUGGGCCCUGGGACAGGCACGAAAGGCCGGCAGGCAUCGGGGAAAUGCAAGCGAGGCCGCCGAGGGCUAGGUGCACCCCAGGAGGCUGGGGUUGACUAGGAAAUGGGGCACCAGAGGACAUCCCGCCCCCAGCAAGCCUGACCGGAACCGUGGACACUCCACAGAAAGGAAACCCAGCCGAUGGCCAGAGCCAAGCCACUGCUCCACCUGUCUGCCCGCCGGAUGCCCCUCCUGCUGGCCCUGGGCUGGGCCCCAUGGGGGCAGGAGCCGGCAGCUGCAGACGCCAGGCCCCUCCUUCAGUCCACGGAGAGUGCAGGACAGCAGGCUGCGCGCACAGCCAGAGGGGACCUAGGAGCAAGCCAAGACAGCGUCCUGGACGCCACCCCUGGCCUUGAAGUACAGCCUCAGGGCACAGGUGGCCUGGGCCAGCUCUGGGACCCAGGUCCCCUAUCCCUCACCACAGCAAGCCUGAGGCCAUCUGCCUGCUGCCCUGCGCCCAAGUGGUGGGGAGGAGAGGCCCCCAGGGCCCCGCGGGUGGAUGGAGCUGGACUGCCCUCCCCGGGGCAGGCGAGGAAGGCCACAGCACCACCCUCCCAGGGUGGGCAGGCCUUCAACCCCACCUGCCUCCCACGUCCCUUACCACCUGUGACAGGUGACCCCACUGCCCAGAAGCCCCCCUGCAGAGGCUCUGCCCAUGCUAGGUGUGGCCACAUCCUCUGGCAGGGUCCUUGUCCCCGCAGAGGCCUGGCAUCAGCGUCCUGCCCGCCCCAGGCUGGCACGGCGGAGCAGCCUCACCACCCCACCUACCAGACUCCAGCCCGUGGCUCCUGGUGGCUCCGGCUGCGGCUCCACCCCAGAGCGUGGCCCAGGAGCAGCAGCCCACCCUCACCUGCCCCCGCGGCCCCGGGCCCCAACCCAGGCCCUGGAGGAGGCAGGGUAAGCCGCGUGACAAGCCUGCUGUGACAGUCCUCAGGCGACCGUGGCCCAGACAGGCGGCCUGGGAACUGGCUCCGGCCCCUGUCCGCUGCCCUCAUUUCCUCUGCCGGCUUCCUCUGCUGGGGGUGGGGAGGCCGUGGCCGCCGGUCCUGCCGCUGCUGGUUCUCAGUGACAGCAGGCGGGGCCAGACGCUGAAGCCCUCCCAGCACCGUGGCCCUGGGGGGGGGUGACGCGAGUCUCUCCACCAAGGACCCACCUGGGGACAGGACGGAGCGACCCAAGGCUCCGGGCAGCAGGCCAAGCUCCCUUGAGGUGAGCUGCCCAGACUCCCACCCACCAGGGCAAGGCUGGGUUGGCUCCCUCAGGCCCACCUGGUCCUGCCCCCAGGGCCAGCCUCUAAGAGGGACAGGCCUCCUCAGAGCCCAGGAGGGCCUGGCAGGGGGCUGGGAAGAGCUCCCCCAGCAGGACAGGUGUUGGGGACAGCCAUGCCCCAGACACAUCCCUGCUCAGCUCCAUGCCACGUCCGAGCAUACCAGGUGGGUUGUGGACCCCCCACCCCUGCCGUACCCAGCAGGGCAAGUGGCUCCGGGGGCCUCCUGGCCUGCACCCCUUCACACUGGGGUCAGGUCAGCCACCUCCCCUUGCUCUACUGCAUGGAUGUCCCUUUCCAGGGGGGGGGGGGUCACAACUCUCUGUACAGGGAGGAGGCUGCGGCCAGCCUGAGGCUGAAGCUGGGCGGGCUGCAGGCAAGGCCGUCAGCUCUGGCCCCAGAGGGACCAGGGGGACAGUCUGCACAGUGUCCUGGGGCUGCCUAGCAAAGUGCCAAGACUGAUUCCCCCGGUUCUGGAGGCCAGAGGUCAGGUCCAGGAGCCCGCAGGGCCACGCUUGCCCAGCAAAGUCCAGGGGAGGGUCCUCGCCUCCCGUCCCUGCCUCUGUCCUCUUGUGGCCGUCUUUCUGCCAGUGUCUGUGCUCCCUCUUCAGGUGGCCCCCCGCCUGGCCUGGCCUCGUCCUCACACAUUCCGUCUCCAUGAGCUAGUUCCCAUGUGGCCCCCUCCGAGGUCCUGGGUGGGCACAAAUCUGGGUGACACCCUUCCACCAGCCUACACCUCCAGAGGAGCCCUGGGGAGGGACGGCGGCAUCCAGGGACCAGGCUCCCAGGCCACAGGCGAGUGAGGGGACUCAGAGUCUCGGGAGCCACCCCACCGCAGGGGCUGCCGAAUCUCACCAGACACUCACUCGUCCACAGUCACGCAGUCCACGCAGGCGGUCAGGGCUGGGGCACAGCGUGGGGGUCUGUGCACCCUGAAAUGCACAGAGGCACAAGGCAGAGCCUGCCUACACGUUUCAAGUCACAGCCACCACAGGUCCAGCCAGGCCAUCUGGGGGACUCAGGCCCACGCCAAAGCCAGCAGCACCGGCCGGCCCAGUUCAAGUCACCCGAGAGAGGGUCUGGCCUGGGAAGGUCCAGGGAAGGCGGCUCCAAGCCUGGGCUCUGACCACAGAAGCCACAGGUACAGACGGCGGAGGGCGUCCACUGCCCCUGCGUGUGCCCAGGUGCGGGUGUGCGCGUCAGGUGUGUGUGGGAUCAGUGGGCGUGAGGCACAGGGGCGCAUGUGUGUACGUGUUCACGGGUGCAUGAGCCCGCAGGGGCAGGUGGGUGGCUGGGCCCCGGGCAGGGUGGGAGCAGGUAGAGCCCCUCUGGGGGAAGGGCACACCCCACUUCCUGGAGAAUGUGCCAGAAGGGAGAGAAGGGGUUUCCCUCCCUGCCCAGGGCCUGGGACCUCACUUCUCCUCCCUGGGCCUCAUGAGCUCCCUCCUGGGCUCCCAGACCCGUCCCCCGCACGGCCAGGGCUCCUGUCCCCAGGAGACGCUCUGCCCUCACCAAGCCCCACAGCCCCAGGCUGCAGGAGGCGGGGUCACGGCUUUCUGGUUUCCAGGGCCCAUCUGUGAGCCAGGAAGCAGGACUGGGAUAACACCCGGCUGUCCCAGGGCACCUUCUCGGGCCCUUGAGCCCCCUGAGUCCCUCACCCCUGUGCUGCUCGACCAGGCCUGGUCUGGGCCUCGGCCUCCUCUGCUGCAUGGUCACUGUGGGCCCUGGUGCGCCUGGCUGUGUGCCUGGCCACACAUGGGCCUGGGAGGAGCCACUGUCCUGGUGAGGCUGGGCCUCCCCAGAGAGGAGGAUGUGAGCCGAGGGGCUGGAGGAUGGGGUGGGAAGUGGGGAAGGUGCUGGCCCAGCUGCCCUGUCCUCCACGAGUCUCCACACACUCCAAGUGCUGCCGACUGGUCCAAGACACUGACCAGGGACAGCCUUGACAAACACAGUGCUCCACAGCAGGGAGGAUACCACAGCCCCCAGCUUAGAGAUCGGGAAACGGAGGCACAGGCAGGGCCAGGUGCACAGGAGGGGGCUGGUGAGCACACUCUGGGCAGCCUGGCCCAGCGCUGCCCGAGCCGUGCCCGGAGGCCUGGGGGCGAUGCACUGCCACCCAGCGCUGCCAGCACCUAGGACAGCUCCAGGCCCAGGAACCACAGCACCCUGAUGGAGGCCUGAACCAGCAGGAACCCACGGAGGCCCCCGGUCAUCCAGAGGCUGGGAGUGAGAAACGGGUCACCCCUGCCCUGGGGCACCCGGCAGGAGCAGUAACCCCACCCCUCAAGGAAAAGGCUUCACCUGUGCAGAGCUGAUCUCAGAGAGGCUGGGUGAUUGGCCCAAGACCACACAGCAUAAAAGCCACCUGACUGCAACUGCCAUGGAACGUUCCCCAGUCACCCAUGUCUUGGGUGUCAGGAAGCCAGGGAAGAGCCAGACCCAGAUGAGCAACUCUUCCUGGGCUCCCCUGCGCUGGCCCAUAUCACCCCAGGAGUGAGCAUCCAGGCCUGUCCCCUAAGCACCCUGUCCUGCCCAGUAUGGCUGGUGGGGGUGGAGGGGGCCCAGGCAGACCCCAGCAAGUGCCAACGGCCUCCACCUCCAGCCCAGCUUCUGCAGUCUCAGACACAUCUGCCCACACCACCUGUCCCAUCAGACUGCCGUCACCUCCGUGCAGACCAGGACCAACUCCUGUGAUGGACCAAGAGCUGGUCAUGGGCACAGGGCAUAGGCUGGAGACCAUCAAGACCCUGUGCCUGGCGCUGCAGUGACCAGUGAGUGACCCAUAAACAAACUGCAACCAUUGACAACAUGAGCCCCCUCUUCCCUGGGUUCUGCUGGCCCCAGAGGACCACCCACAGAUGCCAGCUGAGCUCAGAAAGGACCAUCUCUCUCUCCAUUAUGGAGCCACUGUGGUCACAGGGAGCCACUGUGGUCACAGGGAGCCUCAGGCACCAGGCUGUGCCCCAAGACUGUCUGGUGUACCUGCAUGCCUCCAGAGCAGAGACUGCCAAGCAGCAAGCAAUACACCCCCCCCCAACCCAGGCUCCAGCACUGUCCCAUUGGACAGACGGGAAAAUGGAAGCCCAGAGAGUCAGGGAAGGACAGAGGAAUCUCAGUGGGGGACAGCAGGUUCUGGAUGCUGGGCUAAGUACAGCCAGAGGCUCCUGCCUCUCCUUCCCCACACACGGAGCCCUCUGGGCCUGUGGGUUACCCCUGCAGGAGCACUCUCUCCCAUCCCUUCACCUCCUGGGUAGCCCCAGGACAGGUGCGGUGCCGGGGUACAGUCGUGGCGGGGCUCUCUCCCUCCUCCCAGCAGCUUUCUUCCCUCCUAGGUCAUUAAAAGGACACGUUGUAAUGACACUGA